AGCCUGGAGCAAGGCUGGGAGAGUUUGUGUUGCUCAAAAGGAGGACAGGAAAAGGCGGAGGUUUUAGUAUUUCGAAGCAAAGAAGAGGCAGUAGUAGGGGCUAUUUCUACCAGUGUUGCUACAGAGCAGCGUUCCAAAGUGAUAGGCGUGGCACUCAGCCUUUCAAUACAACCACAGCAAGAAGGUCCCUCUCGUUUUCCUAUGAUUCUGGAAGAACAGAUUGAUCACCAUGAAAUGUCUGAGGACAUUAUUGUUGGCCAGGGAGCUGUCUGUUGGAAGAGGUGCUGCCCUGGUACAGACUGUUUCCAAGAGGAAUCUCCUGCAACUACAGAGAAGUGGCUCUCUCCAGGACUCCAGACUGGUUCCUGUGAGGAGCAUCCACAUGAGCACAGUUCUUGGCACAGCCACCCCUCCUGACAAAGACAGCCCAAAUAAUGACAGAGAACCCAUUAAUCGAUCCUUGGUGACUGUGGAAGAAUUAUUUGAGAGAACUUCUGUGGAUGUAAAGAGUAGAGCUACAUUUCAGCAAGCUGUAGACAUCUUCUGCAAGAGGGACAUCCGUCGCAGGGGUCAUGUGGAAUUCAUCUAUGCAGCUCUGAAGAAGAUGCCAGAGUUUGGGUUGGAGAAGGACAUCAAUGUCUAUAACAGAAUCUUGGAUGUCUUCCCUAAGGAGGUUUUUGUGCCUCGCAAUUUCAUCCAGAGGAUGUUCAACCACUAUCCACGACAGCAGGAAUGUGCUAUCCAAGUACUUGAGCAGAUGGAGAACUAUGGUGUCAUGCCAAACAAGGAGACAAAGUUCCUGCUGCUACAGAUCUUUGGGAACAAGAGCCAUCCUAUGAGGAAAUACCAAAGGCUCAUGUACUGGUUUCCUAAAUUCAAGCACAUCAACCCUUACCCAGUUCCAGAUCCUCUGCCUCAGGACCCAGUUGAUCUUGCGAGGCUGAGUCUUCAGAGGAUCGCAGCUGACUUGGAUGCCAGGGUUACAGUAUAUCAACUGCCCCAUGUGGAGAUAUCAGACUCUGGGAAAUCUAUUGACCAUCCACACAUCGUAGGAAUCCAGAGCCCUGACCAGCAGUCGCUCUUGGCUCAUCACAAUCCAGACAGGCCGGUAUUUGUAGAGGGUCCCUUCCACUUGUGGCUCAAGAAGACAUGUGUUUAUUACUAUGUGCUGAGGGCAGAGCUGUUACCUGCAGAAGAAAGGAAGGAAGAAAUUAUUGACCCAGAGAGAAAUUUUUACUACCCCAUGCAUUUGGAUAUUGACUUGGAAAGGGACAUGUGGGAUGACAUGGACUUUGAUAUUGAUGAAGUUGAGGAGGGCCCUGUAUUUGCCAUGUGUAUGGCAGGGGCAGGGGAGCAGGCCACCUUGGCCAAGUGGAUUGUGGGCCUUCAGGAGACAAACCCAAUUUUGCGUCAGAUACCGGUUGUGUUCCGCCUCACACCUGGGCCUCGGGAGCUAAGCAUUCCCGAGGAGGAAGAGGAGGAGGAGGAAGGCGAGGAGGAGGAGGAGGCGGGCGCCGGAGGAGGAGGAGGCCCGCGGAAGGCCCGCCUGGGUCGGAAGGCGCGCGGGAGGCCGCGGCUGACGGAGUCCGACCGCGUCCGGCGCCGCCUGGAGUCGCGCAAGAAGUACGACGUGCGGAGGGUCUACCUGGGCGAGUCCCACGGGCCCUGGGUCGACCUCCGGCAGCGGAGCGGGUGGAGCGACGCCAAGCUGGCCGCCUACCUCCUGGAGCUCGAGAGGGAGCAGCGGGCAGGGAGACGAGGGAAACCAUGGGAACAGAUGCCAUAUGAGCCACAGCGAAAGAAAAGAAGAAGGCGGAAUGUGAACUGCCUGAAGAACACUGUGAUCUGGUACGAAGACCACAAGAACCGCUGCCCUUAUGAGCCUCACCUCUCAGAGCUGGACCCCACCUUUGGGAUGUACACCACAGCUGUGUGGCAGUGUGAAGCGGGACACCGCUAUUUCCAGGACCUUCACUCUCCCCUUAAACCCCUCAGUGACUCUGAGAAUGAGUGUGACAACGUUGCUAAUGGCACAGGGGUUGGGAGCUCGGGAUCUUCAGAGGAGAGCUCCAGCUCUGAGGCAGAGGAACAGCCUGAGAGCCGGAAGACCCAGGCCCAGCCGCUGCCACUCCCACCAGGAAAUACAGAAGGCGAGAAUGCCAGUGGGCUUAUCACUCAGGAUGGCAUCCACAUUCCCUUUGAGCACCAUAUUGAGAACCUGACAGCAGAACAGGGUGCUAAUGUGGGCCACGAUCUGUCCCUGAAUGGCCCAGAAACAAUGGAAACAGUGGUAUGCGUGCCAGUGCCCAUGCAGAUGAGCUCAGGGCAUGGGACUCUGUUUGAAAAUGUUACACAAGAGACAAUUGGCGAAGUGGUGGCUAACUGUCCCGUGCAGGGCAUGGUGCAAGGCUCGCAGGUCAUCAUCAUUGCUGGACCCGGCUAUGAUGCCCUCACGGCUGAGGGAAUCCAGCUGAAUGUCACCAGCACAGGCGGAGAGGAGCUGCCCUGCACCAUGAUUGAGGGAGUAGCAGCUUAUACUCAGGCAGAGCCUGAGAGUGGACAUCCCAGUAACAUGGAGAGCAUGGCAUACAUCGAAACCAAAAAAGAAAAUGAGGAGCUUUUUGAGCUCAGAAAAGAGGAGCCACAGCCCCCAACAGAAAUAGAGAUGCCCUGUGACCUAGAGGCAUCCCAUGAGAGUGAGGGGUUGGAACCAGAGCCUGAACCCGAGGAGGAGACCGAGGGCAGCAACAUGUCAUCCAUUAUCUAUGAGAUUCCCAAGGAACCUGAAAAGAGGAGACGAAGCAAAAGAGGCCGUGUGAUGGAUGCAGAUGGCAUGUUGGAGAUGUUCCAUUGUCCCUACGAGGGCUGCACCCAGGUCUAUGUAGCGCUUAGCAGUUUUCAGAAUCAUGUGAAUCUUGUUCACCGGAAAGGAAAGACGAAAGUGUGCCCCCACCCUGGUUGUGGCAAGAAGUUCUACUUGUCUAACCAUCUCCGGAGGCACAUGAUCAUUCACUCAGGAAUCCGUGAGUUUACCUGUGAAACCUGUGGAAAAUCCUUCAAGCGGAAAAAUCACCUGGAAGUCCAUCGCCGAACACACACAGGAGAGACACCUCUCCAGUGUGAGAUCUGUGGCUACCAGUGCCGGCAGCGGGCCUCUCUCAACUGGCAUAUGAAGAAGCAUACCUCAGAAGUCCAGUACAACUUCACUUGUGAGCACUGUGACAAGCGCUUUGAGAAGCUAGACAGUGUCAAGUUCCACAAGCUAAAGAGCCACCCGGAGCACAAGGCUUCCUGAUCCUGACCAUGGACCACUUUAUUUAUUGCCCCACCAUGGAUCCCAAAUCAGCUGAAAACACUUGUUGCACAUUCACAGCUGGAGAUGCGAUGUGUUCUACCUGAUGCAGAAAGAUUCAUCCCUCAGUGUAACAUGGGGCAGCUUUCUAAAAGCAGAUGUUGAGAGACUUCAAAAAGUUUUAGUUCUGAUGUGCAAGUGUCAGUGUUCUCAGGUAUUGGGGGCAGGGGAGUGUUCAGUCAGCAUCAGAUCAACUCAUAGGGUAACUGGAGAUUGUGGUGCUAUAGCUGUCCUGUCUUUUGGGGCGGGUGGGAGAGGGAUACAGAAACAAUAGGCAAAAAGAAUCUUAGCCAAUUAAAGUAUCCAUACUUUGCUACCUGCUGAGCAGUACCAUUGAUUUUUAGUCUUUUUGAGGCUUGCUCUGAGGUAAGAAAGAUUCAGUCACAUGACAUAAAUUAUAGAGAGGCUAUUUCUUAUGUGGGAUUAUUCGCAUGAGCUUUUUGUAUCUGUUGAUAGCAUCACAAGAUGAUGUUUUGCUCAGUCUGCAUUUAUCCACUCAUUCACAUGACAGACCUGACUUGCAGUAAGUGUGAACCAAGGAUCAUUAUCAGUUGGCUUAAAUUCAGAGCUUCCUCUCCUUCAGCCUUUACAGCUGGUGUACAAGAGGUUAAUCCAAAGUACCUCUUUUUCUGAGAUGUUAACAUCCUACAAAGCAGUCUACCCAACGGUGGUCCCUCGAUCAGUGCUGAUUCAUGUAUAAUCAGCUGCUGGUCUCUGACAUAGUUUCCAAGAAAGAAAGAAACAGUUGUACCCAAUAGGGACAAAUAUGGCACUAUUCCCUGGCACACUGGAAGAAAACAAUUGUCCUCACAUCAGAUAGCUUUAAGAUAACUGGUAUAAAGGUCAGGCUGCAGGUGUUCAUGCUCCAGCUGUGUCACAAGUAACACUGUUCUUGGACUUCCAUGCACAUUCUGUGUGCCUUGUCAUUCUCAUAGAACUUUAUUUUAUUUUAUUUUAUUUAUAUGCUGCCUCUCCCAGAUUGGGACUCAAGGUUGUUCACAGCAGGAAACCAAUCAUAUUCCAUAGCGCAAUCUCAAAAAUAGCCACUAUUGAAGCAACAGUCACAAUUAAAUAAUCACAAUUAAAAGAAUAUAAAUUCAUUUAAAAACAUACAAAAGGUAAGAAAUAAAUAAAACAUACACAAC